AUGUCUGAAUCCAAGUCCACAGAGUCCCCAGGGUCUGGCUGUGGUGUUCCAGCCCAGAGAAGUUCACAGUGGGGUCCAGAGAUGGUCUCAGUGAAGUUGGAGGACUGCAGUCAAACACUGGAAGUCAAUGUGAUUGUUAAAGAGGAAGAGAGAGAACUUAAAGUAGAAGAAGGGGAGAAUGUAGAAGUUAAAAAAGAGGAAGAAAAGGUAGUGGAGGAGAAGAGAGAAGUCAAAGAGGAGGGGGUUGAGGUUAAAGAGGGCCAUGAGGAGGUAGAAAUCAAAGAGGAGGAGGUUGAGGUUAAAGGGGACCAUGAGGACAUAGCAAUCAAACAGGAGGUGGAGGAGAAGAGAGAAAUCAAAGAGGAAGAGAUGGAGAUUGAAAAGGAACAUAAGGAGACAGAAGUCAAAGAAGAGCUGGAGGAGAGAGCAGUCACAAAGGAGAUGGAGGAGAGAGGACUAGAAGAAGAGGUGGAGGAGAGAGAAGUCAACGAAGAGGAGGAGAACAGGGAUGUGUCUGCUCCAGAUCUAGAGGAAGAAGUAGAUAGUAUCAGUGACCCAGGUAAGUUCAGGUGUGGAGUACGGAGAGAGGUUGGUGACUUGGAUCUAGAGGAAGAAGUAGAUAGUAUCAGUGACCCAGGUAAGUUCAGGUGUGGAGUACGGACAGAGGUUGGUGCCUUGGUAG